AUGUCUUCUCAAAUAGCUGUUCCGAUCAGUUGGUUUAUACAUUUCAUAACAUGCCAUUACAUUAUACGUCGCGUUCCGAGCGAUAUGGUUCGAAUGGUUUUAACGUUAUUACCAUGUGUAUUACUUACUUACAUUAGUUGUAAUGAUCUUCCCCAGUAUCAAAUGUCAUCACUGAUCACCACAUCAGUCUGUUGGAUGGUGUCCAUACGUAUUAUUCAAUCGAUAGUAUUUUCACCCAAUGAAGUCUGUCCUCUCUAUUCAUUCAUUUUAAAACCAUUCUGGACAAUUUUUCCUGUGAUUCCAUCUGCAAAAAUGGAGAAACAAUGGCCAAUCGUUUUUGAUUUUAUUUCAGGACUUAUGAAAUUAAUCAUCAAUCAAUGGAUUUUUCGAUGGCUCAUUCGUUGUGAACCAAGAGAUAAUUAUUCAACGACAAUCAUGCUUUCUAUCAUGAUAUUAACAAGUUCGCACAUUUCAGAUAUACAAAUAGGCUUCGUUCGACUGAUCACUCGAGAUAAAUAUACGCUUUUUUCAAUCAGUAAUUAUCCUCUAUUUAGCAAAUCAUUACGUGAAUUUUGGGGUCGACGCUACAAUCGUUUAGCCAGUACUGUUUUCAAUGAAUGUAUAUUCCAACCGAUUAGUGCAUGUUCAUCUUCGCCGAUGCUGGCAGCUAUGACAACAUUCAUCGUCAGUGGAUUACUUCACGUGCAUGUUAAUCUUGUGAUUUUAAAUGAUACACGGACCAUUAUUCCAACGUUUGCCUUCUUCUUUCUGAAUGGUGUUGCUUGCUGCAUAGAAAAACGCAUGGCUAUUCGACUACCAGCACCUCUUGGAUGGUUUUUAACACAUUGCUUUCUUCUUAUAACAUUACCGUUAUCUAUGGGACCCUAUGCUCGGCAAGGACCCAUUUAUUUUGAACAAAAUCUUCCGCCACUGUUUGAUUCUAAAUGGAUACCAAAGUUGCCGGUACCCGAUAUUUGUCUCGGGUAG